UCUAAGCUUCUCAUCAAGGUAAUGGGCGUUCGCGGACUCUUUAGUUUCGUCGAACCAAUCGAACAGCUUUGGGAAACGAUCGAACUACGGCGAGACACAAAACUGGUCAUAGAUGGAUCAGCUUUAUCCAACUCUCUUUACACAGACAAUUGCCUCGAUCGACGAUGUGGCGGGCAAUAUAAGGAAUUCUAUGACAUAAUAGUCGAUUUCUUUAACGCUCUAGAAUCUGUGGGAGUAGAAUCAUUCGUAGUCCUGGAUGGCGCAUAUACCAGUGAUAACAAAUUGGACACCUACAGAAAGAGGUCAAAAGAGAGAAUAAAGACAGCCAAUAUGCUCGCAAAAAAUCCAAAAGAAGCGAAUAAGGAUGUCUUCGUUUACCCGCUUUUGUUGAAUUUUGUGUUUGCGCGAGCGCUCAACGAUCUUGGCGUGAAAUUUGCCGUCUCUGACUGUGAAGCGGAUGCUGAAAUUGCUUCUUUGGCCAAUGCUUUGGAAUGUCCUGUUCUAAGCAACGACAGCGACUUCUUCAUCUUCGAUGUUCUAGGUGGUUUUAUUCCACUCCGCUCUUUCAAGUGGCAGAGAUGUCCUUCAAAAGCCCGCAUUUUCUAUCGCAGAAAAUUGGCACAGUAUUUUGGAAUUCACACAGAAUUGCUUUCUCUAUUCGCCUCUUUAGUGGGAAAUGAUUACGUAACCUCGCAAAAAUUACAGCCAUUCCUCCAGAGAUUGCUGGGAACUUCUAGAGUAUUAUAUAUUGUUCCACAACUAGGACAAU